AAGAAAGCGUACCAAGUCAACCUUCCAAGCUCCUGUAAAUGGACUCAAGCAAUGGCUUCUCUCCAAGACAAGCUGAAUUCUUGAAUCCCAUAAACGGCAAAUAAAGUUCCUUUUAUCCAUUAUUGCUUUCUCUCAAAUUGCACUCAUCUUGCCAUAAAGUUCGCAUCUUUAUCAUUUAUGGUAAUAUAUGUAUAUACGGUAGAUACACAAUAUACGGAGUAUUAUAUUUACAGGGAGAGGGAGGGAUAGAGAGGGUGUCUUUGGCAGAAAGAGGAAAAUCUAUUGGAUUGACAGUGGAUAGAGAGGGUUUCUCAUUUUUGAAGUUAUGGGGAUAUGCAUGAGCAACCAAAUCAAGGCUGCAGCAGCCACUCUUUUUGUUGGUUCGGGGGUGAAUUCUAGAAGUGUUAGUGGAACUGGGACCGAGUCUAGUACUUCUAAUAGGAGACUCUCAUCGGCUUCUGCUCCACCUUCAAACAGGAGUGUGGGCGAAAUCUUGCAAUCCCCGAACCUGAAGAAUUUCUCGCUCAGUGAACUGAAAUCGGCCACCAGAAACUUUCGCCCCGAUAGUGUAGUAGGGGAAGGAGGCUUUGGUUUGGUUUUCAAAGGAUGGGUUGAUGAGCACACACUCGCGGCUGCAAAGCCUGGGUCUGGGAUUGUGAUUGCCGUUAAAAAGUUAAACCAAGAAGGCUGGCAGGGGCACAAGGAAUGGUUGACGGAGAUAAACUAUCUAGGGCUGCUACAACAUCCCAAUCUAGUGAAAUUGAUUGGUUUUUGCUUAGAGGAUGAACACAGGCUUUUGGUUUAUGAGUUCAUGUCUAAGGGUAGCACGGAGAACCAUCUAUUUAGAAGAGGUUCCUUCUAUCAACCUCUUUCUUGGGGCCUUCGAAUGAAGGUUGCUUUGGGGGCUGCAAGGGGGCUUGCCUUUCUUCACAAUGCGGAACCUCAAGUCAUAUAUCGGGACUUCAAGACUUCUAAUAUCCUGCUUGACUCGACCUAUACCGCAAAACUUUCUGAUUUUGGAUUUGCCCGAGAGGGGCCAACCGAUGACAAGAGCCAUGUCUCUACUAGGGUUAUGGGAACCUAUGGAUAUGCUGCUCCCGAGUAUUUAUCUACAGGUCAUCUCACAGCCAAGAGCGAUGUAUACAGCUUCGGGGUUGUGCUUUUAGAGAUUUUAUCUGGUAAAAAAGCCAUUGACAAGAAUCGGCCAACUGGGGAGCACAGUCUUGUGGAAUGGGCGAGACCCUAUCUGAGCAGCAAACGCAGAAUCUUCCGUAUUCUAGACGCCCGGAUUGAAGGCCAGUAUUCACUCAGUAAAGCUAUGAAGGCGGCUAACCUGGCUCUUCAGUGCUUAUCGGGGGAACCCAAGUUGAGGCCGGACAUGGACGAGGUGGUUAAAGCUUUAGAGCAACUCCAGGACGCCAAGGACCCGACCAUAGCCGAAGAAAACAAGGGGCAGUUAACUCAGCACGGCCAUCUAAAAGGCCAAUCGAAGUCCUGCCGGGCUGCGCCUGCUCCCAUAACGGAGUAUCCCAGACCUUCAUCUUCUCCGCUUUAUGCAUAAUCAAAAGGCACAGCUUUUCUUUGCUUGGAAGUGAUUCACUUCCUGAUUUUACCAGAGAUUACAGAAAGUAUAGAUAUUUUUUCUUUUGACAUAGAUGUAUAGUUCUGACUUCAUUUUAUCUUCUUUUUGUGUCAAAUGUUACCACUUAACCUCAACUUUAGUAGCAUGGUUAGCAAAUGCUUUCAAGUC